AUGAAGUUAGCGCAGAAGUGUCGCGCCUUUUUGUCCGUGAUUCGUUUCUUGUUGAAGUUGUCAAGUUUGCUUAACAAACGUAGUGUGUGCGUUAGGAUCAGUUUUGUGCGUUUCUCGAAGAAAUUGUCCAGCCAACCGCUACGUUUGUCUCAGGCAACUGCGUCACACCGCCAUCGUUGGGACGAAAGAUUCCCGGCAUCCGUCGCCGGAGGGGGCCAACCCGUCUACACGUUGGUCCCAAUUCCAAUCGUGGUCGCCAAUUGCCACGCAUCGUCGCUGAGAGCGAGUGCCGAGCGGCCGACGACCCCCCCCCCCUGUGGGUGGAUUGGCCAAGUCACCAACGGCCAUUCAUCGCUACGAACGUUGAUCGAUUUCCGCCGUCUACCAGGAGCGCAGCAGUACCGGUAGGCGAACAACAGUCGGUGAGUCAAGCGAUCUCUUUUUUAUCGAGUGGGGCGUCCAGUGAGGACGCCUCGGAGGAUUU